CUUCGAAUGCACUUGUGCCAUACCAACCUCGUCACAUCGUUCCGCACCAAGCAUUGAAUGGUUGGAACACUUGGAAUUCCAGGCCUAGAUCUGCAGAGGGAGAGAUUCUGGCUUUAGUAAGGGAACUGGCCUACGAUCACAGAGAGUUGAGAGAAUCUCGUAGGUUAGAAAGCGAGCGACGUAUGAGAGAAGAUCAAGAAAGAGUUGUCAGGGAAGCAGAGAUGAAACGAAUCGAGGACGAGGCUAAGAAGGAGGCGGAAAAAGAGGCUAGGCUAGCCAAAAUGAUGGAUGAGAAAAUGGAGAUGGAAAAGAAAAGGGAGGAGGAUAAUAAGAAGUUGUGGGAAAAAAUCGGUUUGAAAAAGGGUUCAGAAACUGGAACGAACUUCAAGGCAGUCGGUAAUGGUGAUAACGCCAAGAAGAGAGGUCAGGAGGAUGUAGCCGGCGCCGCUGUCGCGCAGCCUUCAACUCCGAGACAGCGUGUCAACGAGGUAGGGGCUUUGGAUGCAGGACUACUGCUCAUGAACCUGGACAAUGUACAGCGUACACAGGUGCAGCAGGGCCAGAUGUUUGGACGCGCACAGAACCAGCAGAACCUGAUGUUUCAGCGUGUCAUUGGGCUCAUCGAUAAGAUUGAAGCAUCACACAGAGGCGCUACCUUCUCUGCGGCUAUUCCUACUCACGUUGGUCCAUCUGCCAGAGUUGCAGCCCCUCCCGCGGAAGCACCGUCCGCUGAAGCCACUGUGGCAGGUGGCUCUAAUAACCCUUCGCAUGCCCAGAAUGUUCGCACAACACAUCCUGUAGCUCCUUGUCCGACUGCCCCUUCCCAUCCUCAGCACCCGAAUGUUGUGAUCCCUCCCCCUCCACCUCCUCCUCCUCCGCAUGCUCCUCCUUUUGUUCCACCUAUCGGCACUUCUUCUUCUCCUCCUGCCCCGCAGUCUCUGCCACGUGCUUCUCGACUACCCGAUUCCCUGCCUCCCCCUCCAGCUCCUUCCAACAGAAGAGCUCCGGGUGUCGUGAUUAAAGAGCAGUUCCCAAGGACUGCCAAUCACCCUAUCACUCAUAGCAUGGCACCUAACGCUGCACAGCAAGAUCAAGGUGACGCUGGACCCUCUAGGGUUCAAGCCGAUACUCCCAACGGUAGAUCGACAGGGAGACUAGCCGAGGUUUUUGCUUCAGUAGCCGGGACGGCAAGACGCAUGUCCAGUAGUUCUUCCUCAAUGGGUGCAUCACCAGGGCUGGGCUUUGACCGCCUAAGGGAAGGGAUUAAAGCCAUUGUCGCCAAUCCUGGCGCAGGGGGGAGGAGGCAGUAUCGGGAAGAGAUGGAGAAAUUCUUGAUGGGAAAAUAUAAGAAUGAGCUUGUGGAAUUAUCCAAUAAGGAUGAGAUCAAAUAUCAUAAUAAGAAACAAGCCGUUGUCGAUAUCACAGCCAUUCGAGUAAACGAAGCAUACGGAGACGAAGACGAGGAGGAGGAUCGCGACAACGACACGACAGAGGAAACUCAAGAGGAGAAUCCUUCUUGAGUCCUAUCGCGAACCCCGUUGGUUAUGGCAACAAGUGUCUGAUCUCUGCGAGGUAAGGACUAGCAGGAAAGUGAAAGGUAAGGAAAGACGGUGGUUAGAACAAAAGCUGAGAUUUUUUAUUCUGCCACUAGUUUUGGCUGGGCAGAUUACAUGGGGUCUGAAGUUUGUCGACCAGUGGGUCGAGUCAGUUAACGAUAUUUGUGAAGGUGAAGGUUGUUGCGUCUAUGUACUUCUCUCACCAUGGCUUAAGGCUACCUAUAUUGGAAGUACCACUAGGGGUAUAUCAGAUAGGUGGGAUGAGCAUGUGGGAUCUACGAAUCGAUUCUCAACCAGAUGUAACCAUAAGUUGAGAAGAUGGUUGGGUACUAAGGGAUGGGAUAAAUAUGUGGCUAUUCC